UGGUAGUUCAUCAUUUUUUUUUUCUCGCCAUUUGAAAUAGUAUAACGCUGUUACCUCUUUGUAACGCAUGUUUUAUUAAAUUUUAAACAUUUCUAGUUAUUUCAGGAAUGAGAACGUAUGUCGCAAGAGAGAGGUUACUCAACAUGUUCUGACUAGACAAAGUGAAAGCGUCAAGACGGGUUAAUUUUCAUCUUAUCACUACAGAACGCAAGUGUUCAAUACUUAUGGGUCCGUAAUACUAUGGGUCUCCGGGCCGUCUAUGAAAGUUUGUUUUUGGAGCGAAGCCUUUCGGCACAUUUUAUGUAAGUGAAAGGCAGAAAUGCAAAAAAAAAACAAUCUGACCACAAACGUUUUUGUACUGAACGGCUUUCAUAUCGGCACCAAUUCAAGUAUCAUUAUACUGCUUUAACCUUAUUAUGUAUAUAAUGACGUAUGCAUAUAAUCACUUCUGAAUGGCAUCUUCCAUCUAUAAUCAAUACUCUCAAGCUAUUCUACACGAUGCUGGGAUUACCCAUCGCCAGUCGUAAUCAGCAACUCAUCCAGGCUACAAUGUUUGUUUUAAUUUCGGCGAUUUCAAUUAUUCUCAGUUCAUCAGUUAGCAGUGAAUCGGCAAACAAAUUUGAAACCACAUGGGGUUGCUUACAGUACAAUACGAAUCAUGGCUACAAGCAUACACACCCGUAUUAUCCCAUAAGCCGUUUUCGACACUUAAAAGAAACUAAGAAUGGUGUCAAAACCUUCCGGAUGGGUGUUCUAGGCCCCAAUGAUGGACAUUUGCGAAUAGCCCCAAAUAUGUAUCCUUACGAUGCAACCGAAAUGAACGAGAUCGUUCUAUCUGGAUGGGCGAACACCAAAACCGUUGUUCGUCAUUACACGCGAAAUUCCCCUGAGGUACAGGUCAACCAGACUGUGCUCCGAGAGCAAUCCACCAUUGGAAUGAUGUCGUACUUCAAACCACUAAUGCUCACAGUCGAUAUUCACCCUGGAGGAUUGGUGCAACUCACAAAGGAUGAUGAUACUCGGCCGUUUAUAGAAUACCGAGAUCGAAAAGUGACGGCGAACUAUAUUGGAUUCUGCAAUUGGAAUAAACCGUUGGUGUUCUUCUACGACUGUCCACUGGAGUUGGAUCAAAGAACUUGCGAAGGAAUAGUGUUCCGAAAGUAGUGAUAUUUCGCUGGUUGAUGACCAUUUUUUCUCGCGAGUUGAAUUUAUAUAACGCUUAUUAUAUUGCAAUUUUGAAACAAAUCACUUGCCCAUAUCUAAUGUGUUUUGAUUAAAUUUCAAUAAGAAUUAAAAUUUUAAAUAUAUGCAGGAGUAAGAGCGUAUGUCGCAAUCGUUUGUUUAUACAUCAUGUUCUACCUUUGAACAAAUUCCAAUCGUCAGUUACUUCUCUUCUUAUCAUUAUGAAAAGUAAGUGAAAGUUCAAUGUUAUCGUUAACACUUCAAUUCAAAAUAAAAGAAAUCAAUUAGGGAAACCCUCAUUUGCGACUUACGCCAGUAUUGCUGAAAAAUAGUAGAUUGUAUGUCAACUAUUACUUUUGUUACACUUUGAUCUUCUAUCUCUCGUUAAUCAGAUGCGACUAACAACGAACGAGGUUAUCACUCAGCGGGCUCACGUUGGAACUAAGAGAGAUUACUAGGAGCAAACUUCAUUUUAUAGAAAUAAUUAGAAUUUGGGAUUUUUUUUAUAGCCCAAAUAGAGGUAUUUAGAAAUGUAUAAAUUAUAAAAUUGAGCUGAACUUGAGCAAUCUCCCGUAAUUGCUACUCUUUCAUGGCCAGAUGAGCUUUUCUUGCACAGAGAAUUCACAGAGAGAUGUGUGCGUCACCGCCGACAGUUUUUAGCAUCACACCGUCGACGACAAUUUGUAUCGUUCUCGAUACCGCUGGCCUAUCUAUCUCUCAGAUCAGCUCUCGACCAGGAUACAAAGCCGUUGGUCGGACGAAACGCAAAUUGCUGAUAAAGCCAGAAAGAAAGAUCCCCUCUCCCCACCCCGAGCGCUGUGGAGGCUUCCCCUGGUCACUCGCGAGAAGUAAGUGCAAUUGGAAAACUACAAACAAAAACACUAUGAACGCCGAACGGUCAUCCAAUACGCCAAAAGGAAGCAGUGGGAGGACUUCCUUGACUUCAACAGUCCACCUCCGAACUGUGGGGGAAAGUUAAUGCGCCAAGUAGCAAGCGUAGAUCUUCCUCCACCCACAUCAAUUUGCAAGGCCGUACUAUUUUCGAUCCGCCGGAGGUGGC